ACCCUAGAGUGAAUCCAAACCAGCUGAACUCAAGGAUGAACAAACAGCAUGGCACAUUGUGAGAUGCUUCUCUGACUGUCCAUCCAUCGACCUGGUUAUGUGAAUGGAAGCCUCAGAGAACAUGUUCAGCUGGGAUGAGGAGUGGAACCUCUCCUUCGCAGGUUGUGGCUUCAGGAGUGUUUACCACCUGGGAGCCUCCAGCUGUAUUCUGGAGCGGGUCCCACGGCUGAUUCAUGGGGCUUCUAAAAUCUGUGGAGCUUCAUCUGGUUGUCUCGUCGCUGCAGCGCUGACUGUUGGGAUUCCUGUUGAACAAUUCUGUGUUCAUGUGCUGUCGAUGGCAAAAGAGGCCAGAAAACAAACACUGGGUGUUUUCCACCCGACCUUCAGUCUGCUGCGCAGGGUACAGGAGACCCUGAUGGAGAAACUUCCAGAGGACGCUCACCGUCGGGCCUCGGGGAAGCUCUGCGUGUCCCUCACCAGACUGACUGAUGGGAAAAACGUUUUGGUGUCAGAGUUUGAGAGCAGAGAGGAGCUCAUUCAGGUUCUCAUGUGCAGCUGCUUUUUCCCUGUUUACUGUGGUUUCACUCCGCCUUCAUACCGUGGAGUGUACUACAUGGACGGAGCCCUGAGCAACAACAUGCCCCUGUUCGAGCAGAGAAACACCAUCACUGUGGCCCCGUUCUCUGGCGAGAGCGACAUCUGCCCCAAGGAGGGUACGUUCAACUUCUUCGACGUGCACUACGGCAACGUCAGCAUCCAGGUCAACACUGGCAACGUGCACCGCAUCUGUACAUCCUUCCUACCUCCUAGACUAGAGAAACUGGCAGAGAUCUGUCACAACGGCUACAUGGAUGCUCUUCGUUUCUUGAGAGAAAAAGAUCUGCAUAGGACACAAUGUCUUCCUUCCAGUUUGGUGUCAGAGAUGGACACAGUCAAACCUGCUUGUUGUGAUUUGUGGAAGAAAGCGGCUCAAGCGGACGAGGCCGAAAAGACUCAGCUGAACGGGCUGAAUCCUGCACAAGAGAAGGAUCGCUGGCUUGACCAGAAAGUCAUAGAGAACCUCCCGGAAGACAUCAAGAAAAUCCUGUGUGAGGCCUGCAGGGAGAGUCCUGAUGGUGUCAGUGCAUCGUCUCAGCUCACAGAUUUCCUUCCAGUCAAAGUGGUUUUGUAUCUGCUGACGUUCCUCAUGCUGCCCAUCGAGCUGAGCCUCUUACUCAUCAAAAGUGUGCUACAGUCCGGCUGUGCAGUCAUUUACAGACUGUUGACAUCAGCUACAGAUUUCUGCAGUGAACGAAACAACAACACCAGUGCAUCUCGAUGUCGGAACAGGUCCUCAGGCUCAGAUCUGACACCCGACAGGAGGAGACAUAAACAUUAAACCUCUGACUUCAACAAUCACCCAAGUUCCCAACAAAUAUCUUCCUUUGGACGACAGUAACCUGAACCUCCUUAUUUUUUCUGACCUUUGGACAUCACAUCUGAAGAGCUGACUAUAAAACCACAGAAGUAGACAGACCCAUCAUCCGUAAACCAGGCAGAAAAAAGCAUUUUCACUUAUUAUUUAUGUAACAUUAACAAGGAGGCAGAGCUAGUUCAUGAGUACCUUGUUUUUGAGUGACCUCCAUUUUAAGCAUGCUGAAUAAAUUCAUUCCAGACUUCAUUUCAUAUGUAAAUAUAAAG